GCCACCAUAUCGACUUAUAAUAGACCGGAAGAAGGAAGUGAGGCCAAGUAGGAAGUUCAAAGUGGUUUGUUUUGGUUGAAAAUAGAUAGAAGAUGUGGAAAGCACAAGCUGGUGUUAAAGUUGCGGCCCCUGCUGCAAAAGGAGAAGAUGAUGAAUGGGAGACAGAUGCAGAUUUUGUUAAUGACGUAAGUGAAGAGCAGCAAAGAUGGGGAGCCAAGACUGUGGAAGGGUCAGGACGAAACCAGGCAUCAAUCAGUUUAGACAAACUGCGUGAGAAUGUCCGAAAAGAUGACCAGACUGUUAAACAGAAGGAGCAGGAGACUGGCCCAAAGGCGUCCUAUGGCUACGGUGGGAAGUUUGGAGUCCAGAAGGACAGAAUGGAUAAGUCAGCAGUGGGGACAGAAUACCAGGCCGAUUUAUCAAAACACGCCAGCCAAACGGACGCUGCGAAGGGUUUUGGCGGGAAAUUUGGGGUUCAGGCAGACAGAAAGGAUAAGGCAGCUGUUGGCUUUGAAUAUGAGGGAAAGACAGAGAAACAUGCAUCGCAGAAAGACUACUCUACUGGUUUUGGUGGUAAAUACGGAGUGCAGAAAGACCGCAAAGAUCAAUCAGCCGUAGGCUGGGAACACCAUGAAACUGCAGCCCAACAUGAGUCGCAGAAAGAUUACUCCAAAGGUUUUGGUGGGAAAUAUGGUGUUCAAAAAGAGAACAUGGAUAAAUCUGCCGUUGGGUGGGACCAUCAGGAAAAACUCGAGAAACACGAGUCCCAAAAAGACUAUUCAAAGGGUUUUGGAGGUAAAUUUGGUGUAGAGAAAGAUAAAAUGGAUAGAUCAGCUGUGGGAUGGGGACAUCAUGAGACCGUUCCGAAACAUGAGUCCCAGACAGAUUAUUCCAAGGGGUUUGGUGGCAAGUACGGUGUACAGACGGACAGAAAGGAUGCUUCUGCUGAGGGAUAUGACUACCAAGAGAAACUGGGGAAACACGAGAGCCAGCAAGAUUAUUCCAAGGGGUUUGGUGGCAAGUUUGGUGUUCAGACGGACAGAAAGGACGCCUCUGCAGUGGGCUGGGACCACCAAGAGAAACUGGAGCAACAUGAGAGCCAAAAAGAUUAUUCCAAAGGGUUCGGAGGCAAGUUUGGUGUACAAACAGACAGAAAGGAUGAUUCAGCGGGCACUUUUGAAGACAUGAAGGGAGUCUCAUCAUCAUACCAAAAAACUAAACCUUCAGCAAGCUCUGAAGGUGCCAAGAAUUUGAAGGCCCGUUUUGAGAACAUUGCAAAGAACCAGGAGGAGGAUGCUAAGAAACAAGCAGAGCGCGUUAAACUGAGCCGUAAGGCUAGUGAGGACCGGGAGAGGGUGGAGGAGAAACAGCAACAUGAGGUGGGUAGUGAGGACCGGGAGAGGGUGGAGGAGGAACAGCAACAUGAGGUGGGUAGUGAGGACCGGGAGAGGGUGGAGGAGAAACAGCAACAUGAGGUGGGUAGUGAGGACCGGGAAAGGGUGGAGGAGAAACAGCAACAUGAGGAAAAGAUGGACUCAGAACGCUGGCAUGAUGAGGAGAAGGAAGCCCCGAAGCAGCCUACGCGAGCCCCACCACAGCAGCCUGCGCGUUCUGCACCUAAACCGGCCUACGAGGAGGAGGAGCAACAGCCUGCAUAUGAGGAGCAGGAGGAGGAGGAGCAAGCCACAUAUGAAGACACCACUAGGGAUCAAGUCCAUCAUGUGGAACCCCAGCCAGAACCAUAUGAGCAGUUUGAGGAGCCAACUGAAUACGAGAUCCACCCGGCGGAGGCAGCGGCAGAUGAAAAGGAACUGGGAGAGGAGGAUAACGAUCCAGUGGACCAUUCCCCGGAGACUGGGGCCUCCAGCACUACUGCUGUAGCCCUGUAUGACUACCAAGCCACUGCUGAAGAUGAGCUGACAUUCGAUCCAGAUGACGUGAUCACAAAUAUUGAAAUGAUUGACGAAGGCUGGUGGCGUGGGGAAUGCCAUGGUCGCUCAGGACUGUUUCCAGCCAACUAUGUGGAGUUGCAGCAGUGACCAGCUCUAUAGCUUCAUACCAUUAUGUUGUGCCUAGCACAGGUGCUUGUGACAUUGUUUACGUCCCAUACAUGAAUGUAAUAUAUUUUAGAUUUAAUUAUCAAAUUUAUAUUUAUAAGAGUUAUAAUAAUAAGGUUUUAAAAGAUAAGAGGUAAUCAGAUGAUUCUGCUUUUUGUUGUUGAUCUAACCUGAAGAUAUUCAGAGUUAGAUAGGCGUUGUUAACCUCUCUCUUAUUAUUUUGUGUUAAUAUAUGGGACAACACUAAACAUUGUAACAGGUGUCUGUGACACAGACUAUAUGAGCCACGUUCUGGGAAUAGAGGGCUUAAUGCAUGUGUCUGCACAGGCUUAUCAGGGAGGAAACUUUCCAAUUUGACGGGAUUUUUUUUAGAAUAGGGUUCCUUUACACACAAAAAUUCGAUAAAAGCCGAAAAUGCUGUCCCUAAUUAGCUUGUGCAGACUGCACAGGCUUAUUGAUGAAAAUAUGCAUAUGUAUUAAGGCCAGUUUUCCCAGCGCUGGGCUCAUAUAAAGCAUGCUCCAAAAUGCAUCCUAGAGAGUGGUCAGAACUUUUUGUAGACUUGGCUCUGCUAGGUUGAAUAACGAAACUAACCUGAUUAUACUUGUAUUAUUAUGCAUAUGUACAGAAUGUUCAUGCAUGGGUAAUAUUUCUUAUGGACUAAAUGAUUAGAUGUUAAGUUCUAUGGUUUUCUGUUGAAAACUUUUUGUUGGUUUUUGUUUUUCUUUAAAUAUCUUUCAUGUGAAAUCAGAUACAUGCAAUAAUGGUUAUGUUUGCCUACGACAAUAAAUGUUUGCUUUAUCUAUUCACUGAACAUUUGAAUAUUUGUUUAAUUAUAUAGUUAAGAAAUAUUUCUUUAUAAUUUAAGUAUAUUUUUUUCUUUAUUUUAUAACUUGAUCCAAUAUUGUUCUCAUGCUAUUUGGUAAACAAUUUGAAGUUAUUGAUUUGUUUUAGUCUCACAAAUGUUGAUAUUGUUCAGUGGAGACUUGAGGAAUAAACAUGUUCUCCUGAUCAAAGAGAAAGAGUCGUAUAAGUAUUUUUGUGGUUAAAAUCACUUGGUGCUUUGAUAAACUUUUUAGAUCAACGCAGAAUAAAUUAUUUUACAUCUUUUAUUAAUCAUCCCUCUGCUUUACUUUUGAUCACCAUAAACAUAUUUUAAUCUUUAUAUUUUCAAGACUAUUUAUACAUAAUAUUUUUUGUAUACAUGCAAACUUUUUAUUUUCAUCUAUAUUUUGUGUCCAUUAUCAGGGAUGUAUAAUUUUGCCUGAAAAAAAUUAAUCUGUAAACAAUCUUUACUAUUUUGUAUUAUGCUUAAAAUAUGGAAUACAUGUUCUGUAUACAAAUGUGGAAACUGUACUACCUUAAUAGAAAUUAUGCAAACAUGUUUACAGGUAGUGCAUUGUUAGAUAUACAGUGUUUCUUGAAAAUAAACUAUUAUCUCCAAUUAUUCAAAUCAUUCCAUUAGUAAGUUAUAAAGCCUAUUUGUCCCUCUGUUUGAUUGUUAUCUUGAGUCAUAUUCUGUUGUACCAGUGUAAUCUUUCAUUUUAGAUAAAAAGUUUGAUUCUCAUUGAUUGUUACAUUCGCAGUGUCUGUACUAUUGUCAUUAUGUUUUACAUAAAAAAAUACUUAGCACACCAAUCUUCACUUGACAAAGUGACACUACAGAUGUACCCAGUAAUUACAAUGUUAGGAAAUUAUUAAAAUUUUCAAAACAUUUAUUCAUCAUAUAAGUAUGAAAUCAAUCAACCUUACAUUCUUCAUGAAACAAUUUAACCCAUACAAUGGAGCAACAAAAGUUACAAUCAACCUAAUAGGCUAAUAAAAUGUAUUGCAGUUUGUGUUUUUUUGGCACAUGGCACCAAAAUAUUUAAAUAGGCAGAAUUUCCUACUCACCAUGGUGAAAUACAUAAAUGAACUGUCACAGUUCAUUUUAUUACCGUAUAUGAUGAAUAACACAAAAUUUGCCAAGUUUAUUUAGGCUUUUUUCUUUUUCUUGGCCUUGCUUGAUUUGAUCGGGUGUAAAUUUGUUACUCCUGGGUCAUUAUGUUUGAGGAUUUAUUUGUUUACAUUCGAUUUUUAUUUGCUAAAAGUGCUCCAUGCUCUAUAAUACAAUAAAAUCGUAAUUAAUAAAAAAGAAACAAAG